UCGAACACUGCAUCGGCCAUGACGGAAGUAUUUCUUGUUGAAUCGCGCUCGAUUCUCUCAAAUCCUCUCGGCUUCAAACAAAUCUCUUUUACAAGUAAACUAAGGUACGAAGGUUAAUGUGAGAACCGAUCGACCGACGGGCUCUUUCAGCCGCAUUUUAAAAGACGAUCUGUGGAGGAAACAUACAUGCACCAGCGGUGGCAAUGGAGAUGGUAGAAAUUCCAUCCAAAUAUAAAGGCUUAAUAUUUGGUAGGCACGGAGCUAAUCUUCGUGUGUUAACCAACGAAACAGGAGCCGAACUAACACGGAAAGAUUGGGAAUUGUAUAUUACUAAGGCAACAAAGAAGCAAAGAGAACAUGUGAAACAGCUCAUUGGAAUCAAAAUUGCUAGAGCAAGACUGAUGGGCGAAUUUUAUAAAGUAUGUUGCUUCAUUGAUGACUGGAAUCUCUCUGAAAACUGUCAACUGAAGUUGGUUCCUGUCUCGGAAAAGGAAGGGCAGUAUCGACUGAGACCUUCAAGUGAAGUAGGCCAACAGCAAUCUGUGAGCGACUCAAGUUAUCUGUCGGAACUUCAAAAAGCCAUGCUAGAAACACUCAAUAAAAUGAAAGGCCGCGAGGAAGCAAAGAACCAUGGAGAGAUCUGGUGUCAUUUUGGAUCGGGCGUGAUCCGGGGACCAAGUGAAGUGAACGUUGAAAAACGAGAGUGGAGUAUAGAUGAUGCAACAAAAAAGUUUAAAUAUUCAGCCCAUGGAAAGUAUUGGAAGGUUUCAUUUCAAGGAGGCGUGGAUUUCAUGGCGGCGGAUUUAUUCAAAAAUUAUUUCUUUGAAAACACACCGGAAGAAUAUCUUGAUUAUAUCGCAAGAUAUGACUUAACAUUCCUUACGCCAUGCAGAUAUCAAGUGCGAUGUAAGGUCUGGGUAACGAAAAAGGAUGCUGAGGAAAAGCCAGAAGCCCCAUACACUGACGUCAGGAGCAUCCUUAAGGAGAUUUUCUUUACCGACGAAUAUACUCGGUCGCGAAGUCGAGGCUGGGUAGUUCUCCCAUCGCGAAGAUAUUUGCAAACCGACAUUUUGUUUCCCGGGUGCGAGUUUGAUUGCAGAUUCAUAAUCAAUGAACAUGCAGGAAUGCCGAAAACUGUAGAAUAUGCGCCUGAGGAAGAAGUCAUAUGUGUGUUGGCAAAAUAUCUAUCUUGGCUUACUUUGGCGGAUGAUGACCCGUUUGGCCUAAUACUCCAUGAGAAUCAGAUUCCUAAGGGAUUUCAAUUGACCCACAAGCGGCUUUCCAAACGAAACGUGUACAGGUCUAAACCUGGUUUCAGCGUCAUCCUGUCGAAGGAAACCUCAUGGAGCGCUGAAUCGACAGAUGGAAGAUACAGAGAAUCGACUGAUGUACACCUGCAUUGUGAGGAGUGGGACAAGCUGCUCAGUUGUGGGCAGUGGGAACCCGAGAGUUUAGUACGAAAGCUACCAGAGUUUCUCGAGUUUGUCAAGGAAGUUCAGUGCUUUGUUGUCGCCGCAGCUGCCUUAAAGAGUGAUGGUGUGGAAGGAAAAGUUCCUCCAGCCAUUCGUGCUCGAGGUCCUCUAGCUUUGGCAACCUACUUGAACGCCCUAGCUGAUGGUCAAGCUUGUGUCAAAAUAGUGCCUUUAAUGAUAGUUGGACAGGAUCGAUCUGGAAAAACCAGCGUAAAGAAGUCCUUGAAAGGGAUUUGUUUCAACCCAGAAGAGGAUAGCACCCGGGGAAUUGACGUCGAUCAUUAUAAUUUUAAAGUAACCACCGAAAUAUGGAAGGCAGGAAAAAAUGACCAGGAAGCCAACUUUGAUACUGAAGUUAUCUCAUUUAAGCAUAAGACAGCACGGUGGAUUGCGAAGAAAUUGACUACGCACGAAAAAGUUGCUGAAGUCAUAAGAGCAAGCUCAGCUGAGUCAACUGGCUAUGAUAUUGAAGUUAUUGAUACCCCAGAGGAAAGCGUGUCUAGUGAGACUCCAAGCUCAUCAGACCCUUCAGAAUCAUCCAGCAAUCCGGUAUCAACCAAUACCACCGACGAUGAACCUCAUUUAGUGAAGGAAGAAGUACGAAAUCCUACAGAAUUAGAACUAGAAGUAGACUUUCUUACCACCACACUGGAAAAGUUGCCGGAUUUCGACGAAGUUGCGCAGAUACUUCCCCAGCUCCUUCAAGACAACUGGGAAGACGAUAGAGAAGACAUCUUUUCAAUAAUGUGGGACUUCGCUGGACAGUCAGUGUAUUACGUAACGCACCCCCUAUUUCUCACAAGAAGAGCAAUCUACUUUUUGGUCUAUGACUUGAGUAGAAAUCCAAGUGAAAAAGCCACACCGUUGGUGAAGCAGGGAGUUUAUGGAGAGAUUGAAGAUAAAUAUAAUCUGAAAACGAACUUUGAUUAUUUAGACUUUUGGAUGAGUUCUUUGGCUUCCUUAGUGGAACAGAGUGAUUGUCGACAAGUGGACCCCGAAACAGGGGUGCCUUUGAAGAAAUUUCCAGCCGUCUUCCUUGUGUGCACACAUGCUGAUCAGCCCUAUUGCGAUCGUGACCCAUUUAAACUUGCCAGUAAAAUAUUUGGCGAUUUGAAAAGAAAGCCAUAUGGUGCCCACUUGUUUGACGUGUUUUGUGUUGAUAACACCAAGUCAGGCACUGAAUUCGAAUGUAAAGAAAUCAUGCGCUUACGAGAGGACGUACAUGUCGUUUCUAAAGAGUUACCACACGUAAACGAGGUUAUUCCGAUUAAGUGGUUAAGAUACGAAAAUGUCCUUCGCGUCCUAAAGGAAGAUGAUCACAAGUUUGUCUCCCUCUCUACGGCAAAAGGUAUCGCUUCCAAAGUUUGUGACAUGAACGACAACGAGGUACAGACACUGCUAAACUUUUUGCACGAUCUGCGAGUUUUGAUUCACUUUGACGAUUCUCCAGAAUUGAGAGAGGUAGUUUUCUUGGAUAUUCAGUGGUUGAUUGACGUGUUCAAGAGUGUAAUAACUGUCAGGUUCCAUCGCGAAGACAAAGAAUUUGCACAUCUGUGGGAAAAACUCCAGGAAAAGGGAAUACUGGAAGAGAAACUUCUCAAAAAUGUUUGGAGCUCUUUGAUUCCUCAGAAAAAAACCCAUAAAAGUCUUAUCGCAAUUAUGGAAAAAUUCAGCUUGAUGUGUCCUUGGCCAUCAUCAGAUGACUCGAGCAACAAACAUUUCUUGGUGCCAUCUAUGUUGCAAACGCUUCCACCAAAGCAGAUUCGUAAUCUAGUUGACUCUGCGCAAAUCCCCUCUCUUUUUCUCAAAUUCGACACAGGUCGGGUCCCACCUGGCCUGUUUCCUCGAUUUGUGCUGGAAUUUUUGCAGUGGUGUAGAAAAGAAUUUCCCGGCGUAGAUAUGCCCAAAACUUUUCACAAUUUUGCUAGAUUUUCCAUCUUUCCAAAACAAGGCCUCUCCGUGGUUCUCCUUUGCCACUCUUCCACAAUUGAGGUCAUUGUCCUCAGUGUAAAAAGUGCCACUGGUCUGGUUGAUUUGGCCUCAAUUCGAGCUUUUCGCAACCAGCUAACCUCGAUUAUUGAUCGGGUAUGGCAAAAAUUCUUCUGGGUGAAGAACGUUGGAUGCGAAGUGAGUUUCCUUUGUCCUGUUUGUUCCCAUGGACGCGUGGUCAGCUUCUGCACACAACAUCACGAGGAAAAUUGUGAGCAAGAGGAAUGCCUUCACUUCAUUUCAGAGUCAGAUUUAGGGGAUGAAAUGCAGACCGUAUGCACCAAUUAUGUAACCGCUGUGGAUAACAGGAUUCAGGCCGGGCAGUUUGCUCCAUGGAUUUCUUCUGGUGAGGAAAAGGAGAUGGCGAGUCAUCAACGUGGUGGUGGACACCGUCUUUGGAAAGUGGGGAUCUCAGAUCGAUGUCAGGAGAAAUCCCCUGUGUUACCCGGUGAAGCUGUAACAUCUAUUCAAGCACAAGGACCAAGAAUAGGUAGUGAAAGUGACAUGUUCCUGGUUCCUUUUGCACAAGCUGGAAACCCAGGAUAUUGUGAAGUCCAGCACCUCGUAGCUGAACAAUUCAAAGGAGAAUUUAACCAACUCCAAGAUGCUGUUAAUGAGAGCAAAGGGACAGUUGUUCUCGUUUCAGAGGGGUAUGGAGAAAAAUCUCUUGUCUUACCUUGCGAUGUUUCCGAGUCUCUCCGGCGCGAAUCAGUCCCUCCAAAAGAUGUUGUCUGUAAACUGCUCGAUAUUUCAUCGCUGAGAGCUCCAGCACCAGAGGAUAGGAAAUGGAUCCGUUGUCUUAUGAGGGCUGCUAAGGAUUUUGAUAGAACUGAUGUGGUUAAUUUCUUGAGAGAAAUUGCACCAGCGGGUACAACAGGCCCUUUUCUUGAAGAAAGUCUUAGCGUUCUGAAAAUUCCAAUUAAACGGAGAACUGAUCUAGCCGUUCGUUUGUGUGGAGGCGAUGAAUGGAAGAUUGUUGCUGACAAACUGGGUUUCGAAGAUGCAUACAUUCGUUGUUUUGACCAGCGUUUUAAAAACCCUGUUGAUCUUAUUUUACAGCACUGUAAAUUAAAUGUGGGACAACUCUACGACCUGUUGGUCGAAUGUGAGUUUCCUGCACUCGCGGAUUUGUUGUAGUAGGAACCAAUUUUUCCUCGUGCAUUCUAUUUGUUCAAGGUUUUAAUUCACGAGCUAUGAUCAAACGGAGCGUAUGGCUAAGUAAUAGGUGUUUAGUUGUGUUCGUUAAGUAUUUAUACUCUCGCGGGAUGAAUUGUUAAAACUAGAUGCAUCCAAAGAAGAUAGAAGCUCCAAGAAAUAGAAUAUUAAGUAGCUAGUGAUAUGUAUUUAGUUGCAUGCAAAAGAACGAAAUUUAAGGCUUUCAUGAUUACGCGCGACUCUACCGAGGACACCUGUGGUGUCGGUUGUCAAACAGGUUUUACUCUUAUCCAUCGAUCAAUAUCAUUGGUCAUGUACUACCUGUUAUUUUUCGACUUAUGUGAUAUGUGGUUGUCACAAAAUAUCAUUUGAUGGCCUGAAAACUGAAGUAAAUUAAAUGGAAAAUAUAAUCCGCCAA